AUGAGCGAUGCUGCACGCCCAAGUGAUGAUAAAUUCAGCCAGAUCCUUGAAAAGAGUCUCGACACAUGGUCAAGCUAUGUAAAUGCCCAAAGCGAUGAUCACUUAUUGCCCCGGCAUGCCAUAGACCUGGGACCUCUUGUCAGUCAAACCCCUCCAUUCCUUGGGGGUGGCCUUGCUUGCCUGGACAAGACCGCCUCGUUCGCUUGUGAGGAGAAGCUAUCAACACAGUCACAAGGCAGCCUUGUCAUCAAUGGCAGAUCAACUUGGAGAACUUCCUACGAGGGUUGCGAUUCUGAACCAAUGGUGAUACCUAAGCAACUCCUAUUAGCAGUUGGCGGUCGAUUGGAUGGGCUCCCUAGCUAUGAUCAAGGGAACUAUUUAUCAGUACUUUACUUUGCAUGGGCAUAUAUCUUGUCUGCUCGAUGGGUUGAGUUGCUGGGCUGCUCUGCUGAUCAUAAAUGUUCCAUGAUCCCACCUAUGCUUGAAGCAGAGAAUUCAUCACCGACGUCAGACAAGCAACCCGUCUUUGAAAUCGAUAUCGGCAACAACGCCUGUGAAGAGGAAAUAUUUUGGUGGCGUACCAUUUUAUGUUCGGAUAAUGGCUGGGAAGCGACAACUACGUACAAAGGCCAUAUCUAUAUGUCGCCAUGGUCGGUUUCGGCAAAGAAUGUGGGAUUUACCCUAGCCACAAAUAGUUGCGGUUCUGAGUCAAAGCUGCCAGAAUCAGGGACCGCUCUUAAAUACCUCUCCCGUUUCUGUGUGCACCAUCGCCUAUAUGCGCAAUGCUCAAUUGCUCUUGCUGGGAAUCUUGCCAGUGACUCUCUUCCUUCUAUCCCGGACCUCCUCAAAAGCCACAGCGAAAUCAUUCCUAAGUACAUGACUUUAAGUUUGAAUACGUGGGGUUUACGCUCUCUACUGUACAGCACAUUCUUCAACCCAGAUAUCGAGUGUAAUCUCGUCAGUGCCUGGCUUAAUCCGGCUUUUGCUGUUAUUAGCUCAAUCAUUCAAAAUCAAGGUUCAAUUGCUACUUUUAUGGCAAACCGACAUCCUCGACUCGGCAUCCUCUGGCUUGGUGCAAUCCUCACAGACCUAGCAAACUCUAUCCUGCGUGAUGUACGCGCAGGCAUGACAGCUCUAGAUCUUCCAGCUUCUGCCUGGGCAGGAAUAGCACAGACGUUCCUAACUUCAAAAAUGGAUAGCACCUAUGAAGAAUGGAUACGCCGCGAUGAUGAAUGUCGACUACUUUUUAUUACAGCCUGCGAAGGCCAUGAAAGACCUCCAAUUUGGCCUUGGAAGCCUUUCGGAUCUACACAACUUGGUGAUACAGAGCUCCCAGUCCGACAGCAUGCUCGAUGUGGUUGUCAUUGCCUAGAAUACGAAUAUUGGGAAUGGGUUUUGACAGACAAUAGCUCAAUUCAAUGUUCCGAAGCAGCAAAGAGCCGGCCUUCUGUCCAUGGUUCAUCACCUUCAUCCGCAAACAAGACAUUGGCUAGGCUUGAUGAUAAUAAAUAUGACUUCUAUUCCCAAACCCUCUCCGAAGGAGCCACACGCGGGGUAUUUGAAUGGCUAAGAUCAACAGGGUACCCUUGUAGCGAACGACCCAUAUACCAACAUUCUUGGUUUGAUCUGGAAGGCACCGACGAAGAAGAAGAGCCCGACGAUAUCGAGUCUGACUUGGAAAUACAGCGUGACCCAAAAGAAAUGCACGUUGAAAGGUGGCUCGAAGACAUAGAAUAG